AUGAUUGAGAAGAUCAGCAGCAUCUACACAAACGCCUCGAAUUCGGAUAUUAUCUGGACUUUGACUUGGCGCCCAAAUUAUACUCAAAUCUAUUAUGCCAUUAAGAACCACAUUUACUUCUUUGACUGCGAUCUUGAAGGCAAUAAUGACGACAGUAAGCACAUAAGACUGGACAACAAGCAUAAAAAGUCAAUAAGGCAUAUAUCAUUUUCAAAGGAAGGAAAUUUACUCUUAUGUAGUUCAUUUGACAGUACUUGUACGAUUUUUCAAUGGAAAAAUGCUGAGUGGGAACAUGUGCAAACACUUCAAGGGCAUGAAAGUGAAGUAAAAUGCAUUUCUAUUCAUAACAAUUGUAAAUAUAUUGCAACUUGUGGGAGAGAUAAGGCAAUAUUGGUGUACGAACAGUCAAUUUAUGAUAGCGAUGUUAGCGUUAUGAAUGAUAUGUACUAUUGCUCUACCAUAUUAACAAGUCAUUCACAAGAUGUAAAAUGUGUUAUAUGGCAUCCGAAAGAAGAAUUGUUAGCAUCCUCUUCCUACGACAAUACGAUUAAAUUGUGGGGAAAAUGUGAAGAAUGGCACUGUAUACAGACUUUAAGUCACCACAAAUCCACAGUUUGGAGUCUUUCAUUUGAUAGUAGUGGCGACUCGCUGUGUUCAGCAUCGCAAGACCAAUCAUUGAAUGUAUACGGUAAAAAUACUAACAAUUCAUCAUAUGAAUUGUUAGUAUCCAUCGAUAAUCUACAUGAAUUUGGAAUUUAUUCUGUCGAUUGGCAUCCGAAACUGGAUAUAAUAGCCUCUGGUGGUGCUGAUAACAAAAUAACACUAAUCACCAGAUCUUCCAAUGGUCUAUGGAAGACAACUGAUAAAAUGGAAUAUGCACACAACGGUGAUGUUAAUUGUGUGAUGUGGAAACAGAGCGAUUGUGAUAGAAGCACUGCAAAUGUAUAUUUUUUUGCUUCCAGUGGGGAUGAUGGUAUGAUAAACAUAUACAAGUACACUCACGUCCAAUAA